CCGUUUAAAUCCGCUAUUUUAAGGCUGGAAUUCGACCAAUCUGGCAACUCCGUGUACGGAGAUUCGGGACUGAGUAAUUUGAUUGGCUAUCCACGCCGUGACGCUGUGUACAGAGACUCAUGGUAUAUCUGUUGUAGAAACAAAAGAGUACGUUGCUUGCUGUGACUGGACAGCUAAUUAUUUAGGCUAGCUAGCUAAGUUGGAUUUGUACCAUGCCAUUAUCAGUUUUGAUAAAAAGAUGGAAUAACUGUCAAGGUCCAUGAUACGUAGUCCGAAGAGAUAAGAGUUAGUCAUAAUACAGAUAUCUUUGUGGUAGCUGUGAAAAGGGUGAAAUUGAAUGGAUGUCUAAUUUUCAUCAGACAUGGAUAUUAAUAGUGAAGAGUUACCGAAUCGUCAUAUACACGAGAUGCCCGUUGAGAGCGGUUCUUCACGACACGGUGCUCCAGGUUCCGAGGAGGUGAAGUCUAAGUCAGAAAAAGCAGGGACAUAUCGGAAAACAACUACCGUGCCUGCUAAAAGAAAACCACUGAAAAGGAAAGCAAAUUCACUCAGCGAUGCGACGAAGAAGAAGAAAAAAAAGGUUAACGUCAAACGAGCUCCGAGAGCCAAUUAUACUGUACAGCACGGAGAAGAUAUGCUCCUGAUUAUAUCAAACACUAACCAGUUUGACCGUGUUUGGAAGCCUAAACGAAAAGGAUGCAAGAAGAGGAAAGUCAAGACAAAGAGCACUUCGGUCAAGCUGAAUAAACAUCCUACGAAACCCAAAGUGUCUAAGGUUACUGGGGAAACAGUGAGUGAUGUUAAUCUGCAGGAACCAGAAAGCUUUGAUUGGGGUCAGAGACUUCCUAUAGAGCUGCUGGUUAAAAUCUUUGAGUUGAUAGUGCUCCAAGAUGGUGCUGUACCAUUUCUGUGCAGGGUUGGUCGAGUUUGCCGUUUAUGGAAUAGUGCUGCAUCUUCACCAGCACUUUGGCGCAGUGUGUCCAUUGGCUACUGCUGGACUGAACCUGGUAAGAGUCAGUUACCUGGAACUGAACAGAAGAUUAGGAACACUGUAAACUGGCUAGCACAAAACAGGUUCUCCGAUUUAAGGUAUUUCACGCUCUGUCACUGGAAAAAGCAUGUUGACUAUGUUGUUCAGGCAAUAGCAGGUUCCUGCUCAAAUCUCCAAUACCUCAAGCUGUCAUAUUGUAUGGGUAUGACAAAAGAGGCCUUCCAAAACCUAAGCACUGGCUGUCCAUCUCUGGAGAGUAUAAAUGUACAACAUACAGAGUUUCAGGAUGAUGGCUUGGUCUCCUUCCUUGAGAUGUGUGGAAAUCGACUAAAAAGAUUUCUUUUUACACGCAGCUCAAAAAGUGACAAACUUCUCAAUGUUUUGUGCAGGGGGUGCUGUCCUGAACUCAGAUUGCUGGAGAUCAAUACCAAGUUAGACAGUGGGCAUUGCACACUUCCAAUUUGCAUACAGGCUUUACAGCUUGGCUGUCCCAAGCUUCAGACUUUUAGGUUGAUGAAUGUUAACCCAAUUCCCAAAAUGAUUCGUAACACUCCCAGUGCCACUCCAGGCUUCCCCAUGCUGGAGGAGUUGUGCAUUGCCUCUUCCUCCCAUUUAUUUAUGACCGAUCUUGACUUGCUCAAUGUUCUCCAUGGCUCCCCUCAUCUGAGGGUGCUGGAUCUGCGGGGGUGUUCCCGCAUCACGGCUGUGGGACUCUACGCUCUGCCCUGCCAAGAUCUGGAGUGCUUAUACUGGGGGUUGUAUUUCAAUAGCAAUGUCAUGGUGGCAUCCAACAAAGGCAUACACAUGCUGACUGAGAAAUGGAGUCAUACCCUGCAGGAACUGGAUUUGACAAAUCAGCCUUUUUCAGAGGAGGACAUGGAGAUUGCAAUGGGGCAUCUGGCCAAUGGCAGUGGAGCAGAUCACUUCCGCUCCCUUAAUCUUACUGGGACAAAGAUUACAUCAUCUGCACUCAGGUUGCUAGUGGCCCAGUCUACAACUCUGAACUACCUUAAUCUGUCUUCUUGUCGUUACCUCCCAAGAGGACUCAAGCGGAUUUACCGUGGACAAAAGGACAUUCAUCAGCUCCUGGAAAAGUUGAGCUAAUGCAGCUCUUUUUAAUGCUAUCUACAUACAUAUUGGUGAAAUAUAUAUUUUUUUCAACUACAUUUCAGUAUUUCAGUUAAAUAUUUGUUUAGCAGUUUGUGAGGGUCCCUGGAGUAGUCAUACAUAAUAUGAAUGUCAGGAGUACAUGUUACCUUUGUGGCACAUUUGGUAAGAGAAGUGACAAGAUUUUUAGCUUGUUUCAUGUCUUUCUAACUUGAAUUAUUUGGAGAUAAGAGUGAUUUAUGGGGAUAUGAUAUGCAUAACCGAAUAGACUAUUACACAUGAAAUCACUGCUUACAUAGGGGAAUAACAUGUAUAAUAUGUAUAAUAUUACAAAACAAUAUUUAUGACAAACCCUAAACAGAUAAAUGUUUAGAAGAAGUCAACUUGUAGCUUGUCAACAUGGCUGGAAAUGGAAACAAUUCCUGAAUAAGGUUUUGUGUGUGUGUGUGUGUGUGUGU